AUGAAUGCAAGUGUUCUGUCGAUCUUCUUAAUGUACUCACUUGGCAUUAGCGCUUUCGCACCGGACAGAAAUAGAUACGAUAAAUAUGGAAUUAAAAUUGCCAUCAAUGAAAUCUUUUUCGUCCAAGUCCAAAAUCAAGAUGAUCCGCCGAUGUUUCUUGUACAAUUUGCACCAUAUGAAGGAUCGUCCUUACAAUGCCUUAUUACUCUUCCCAAUGGUACCAAUCAUUAUAUCUAUAGCGUUACAAUGGGCAAAAGUCAGCUGCAGUUUUUCUUUGCUGGUGAAUUGAUAAAUACCAAGAACGGAACAUUUAUCGGUGUUGCAAAGUACAAUGCAUCUUCAUCAUCAUGUGUCACUCAAUUUACUUUUACGAUACAAUAUUUCUACAAUUACGAACAUCAGGAGUACUACGUAAUUGGGGUUGAACCCAGUGGACGUUAUGCUUACGGCUUUGCUAACAAAUUCAUCUUCAUCUUCGAUUCAUUCAAUAUCUCACUGAAUGUGUGGAAUGGAAAUGAAACAUGGCCCGAUCAUUCAUUCAUUCCUCAUGCAAUCGAUAUUACGAAUAAUUUUAGUGUAAUAGCAGGAUUUAUUCGAAAUUCUGUCGACGCGAUAGCAGUUUACAUACCAGUGAUCUAUCUAAUCAACUUUAGUUCAUCCACUACUGCUCCAAUUUUUGUAGAUAACUUCAAACCUACAGCAAAUCCUAAUACUUGGCAAAAUCUGUUAACUAACUCGAAUGCUGAUACAUAUUUACCAAAGUACGAUAUGUCCGUCAGUAUCAACGAUCAUGGAGACGUUCUGGUUGGCAUGCAAUUUGUCAAUCGAGUAUUUCUUUUUUCGAUCGAACAGGCAAAUCCAACGAAACUAAUUCUCACCAGUCGAUAUACGGGUGGUAGAUCCUUGGGAAAUGGGAAAAGCGUUGCCUGGCUCGACGCCGGUGUCGCUGCUAUUCUGUUCAAUACGUAUUCCUUGGAAUAUCAAUGGAUAUCCUCAGAAAUUCACUUCUACGAUAUUAAAAAUGAUGGUUACGAGUCCACUAGCACGCCGUUAUCAAUAUUUCCCAACAAUCAUCAGAUUCUUCCGCUACGUUUUGGUUUGAUUUUCUUAAAUAUCAUUUCUUCGCCAUCAUCAUUAGCUUUACUCGACGAUCAAGGCAAUAUUUUGAUUAUGAAUCCAACACCCAGCGGAUACUUCCCAGCUGUUCGCGACUCAGGUUCAAUGCCAGUAUUCACCUCAGCGCAGUUAUGUUUUCCUGGCACUUAUAAAAACCGAAGUGGAAUACAAGACUGUAGUAUUUGUCCAAGUGGCACUAAGAAUGGUGGUAACUCAAGCAUACAAUGUGUUGCAUGUGCAGCGAACUCGUUCUGUCCACUCGGUUCCGUCAGUGACAUACCUUUAUCCGCAUUAGAAACAAUCACACAAGUUGUAACAUAUCCAAAAUCACCGGAGAGUACACAAUUUGAAGAUGUGCUCAUUCAAAACACGUUUUUUAUCAACACAUGUCACAAACUCUAUGCAUCGCCCGUCUUUUGGUGGUUAAUAGUCUUCAGUCUCGGUUGUCUUGCUCUAGGUAUUCUGAUGUGUAGUGGAAAAGUGUCUCGAGCUUACUCACUAGACAAGCAAAGAGAGCCAGUGAAGUAUUGGCUCAAAAAUAUUGAUUUAAUUCACGAAGGUGAAUCAAUGAUCGGUGGUCUAGGUACAGUGGCCCUCUUGGUAGCAAUCAUUGUUAUCACAUGUUUUGGUAUUCUCUUUCUUCAGCAAUAUCCAAUUGAAACGGCAUCAACUUCUUCUUUUGCUUGUGAUGCAUCCAUACGAAACGCUAAAUUCGAAACAAAUCUACAGUUAUUAUCAAUUCCAGUAUCGAAUGAUGAACAACAAAUGUUUGAUCUACUAGAUAAGCAAAGUUUCAUUCUAAAUAUUCAAUUUAUCAAUACAUUAAUUAACUGUGAUGCUAUAUCAAUCAAAGGAUUAUACGGUUCAGCAUGGACUACUAUUCGAUGGUUAACGUGUGGAAAUACAGAUGGUAUAUUGACAUUAUCUAUGCAACUUCCACAUCAACAAAUAACUAUACAAGUCUCUGCAGAGGAUGUGAAAACAGUUGGUGCGCUUCGUAUUGGCCUUUAUGCUAAUGGCAGUGAAACUGAUCAAUAUGAUUUAAAAGAAUUGAACUUUUAUCAAUCAUUUUUCAAAUAUGGUCAAGUUCUAUCGCAAAGUUUACCUAUUACUCUCGAUAUAACGAAAAUAAUCAAUGAAACAUUACCGAUCCGCAACGAAAAAACGGUUUAUAGCGGAAUCUUUAUUCCAACAUUUAAUGUUGACUUGAAUGGUCUAUUUCUAUCGAAUGAUCAGCAUGUUCGUCUGAUGCUACAGUCAACAAUCUUAACUAUUGCAAUUGUGGAAACUCCCUAUUAUGUUAAAAACACCCAACUACCUAUUGUAAAAUUGUCCGAAGUUGCGUUCGAUAGCUUUCUGUUUGUUUUGGGCUUUCUGGAGAUAUGUACGAUUGUAUUAAUGAUUCUAGCACUUCCUUUCAAAGCAACACGGCGAGUUUACUUUGUAUCGUUUUUUAAGAAAAGUUUCCAACGACUAUCUACGCUUCUCGAAAGAAGAAAACUUCAAACGAAUAAGAAUAUUGAAUUAUUAACUAUUUCUUCAAAUGAAUAG